AUGGAAGAAGACGAAACGCAAAAACUCGUCAAGAUAGUGAAGGAGUCCUUGAUUGUUGAUCCGAAAACCAUUCGACUGGUUAUGAAACGUAUCCACGAGUUCCCGGUUGAAGUUAUAGAUGCGGCAAAGGAUUAUAAAGUGGAAAGGCUCGCAAUCGAACAGAAUCAAUUGUCCACCAUACCUGUCGAAAUUCGUAAUUUUACCCACCUCAGAUAUCUCAACAUAUCUCAAAAUGCAUUCAAGAUAUUUCCCGAGGAGCUUUGUUCGGUGCCGAACUUGGAAAUUCUUGACGUCAGUAAAAAUAAGAUACGAAAAUUACCAAAGGACUUUGGAAAUCUGAUGUCAUUAAAGAUACUGCAACUCUCCAAAAAUCAAAUAAAGAAACUGCCCACCUAUAUCGGUGACAUGAGGUAUCUGCAAUAUUUGAAAUUAGAUUCCAAUCCAAUUCAAUCCCCACCAAAAUCUGUCCACUGUUUGCCAAAGGGUGAUGAGAAGGAAGUGAUGACCACGUGGUUAGAGAACUUGAAAACCUACUUGAAACAGCAAGCCGCCGGUAAAGAAUCUAUCGAGGAGGUUGAGGAAAGCGAUAAGAGCAGCGGAGAAGAAGGAAGAGAGAAGGAGCAUAGUCCGGGUGUAAAGCCACUGAAAAAAUUGAGUUCGGUGGAAAGCAUGAAUCAUAUGGUCACAAACGCGAAUUCUCGAGUUACUCCCGAGACAACUUACUUGAACACCAUCUCCGAGGAUGAACAUUUGGUCACCAAGCAGGAGGUAAAACGACAAAGUCCCAAAUUAAGUUUGGACUUGGUGGCUUCUCGCCGCGACAGGAGCUACAGCAAUGAUUUUGACCCUACAUUGAAUAACCAUCAGAAAGGAUUUGUCAGACAACACUCUAAAAGUUUUUCCCAAGAUUCAAUAAAUUCUCACUGUAGCCAGAACGUAAUUCCCGAGGAAAAAAGCAGCGAUUUCUAUUUUCAAAAACUAAGAACACUCCCCCCCACCGAGCACCUUCCUACGUUUAACAUAUCGUUGAGAGAGGCUAGCCAAAACAUAUUGUACGCAUUUUCCCAAGUUCACAAAUCUCUACGGCAAUUUGCGACAUUUACGGGAAACGAGAGGAUCUUUACAACCGAUCUCAACAAAGCGAGCACCCUGAUAGGACAAUUGAGCGCUACACUCCAACGAUUUGACACUUAUGCAUUACAAGUAGCGCCCGACACAGAUCAUUGGGCGAAACUGCUAACGGUCGUACAAGAGAACAUUUCGUGCUUUAAAAGUCUGAUGGAAUUAUUGCACAAGCGUCUCAAGUCAUUGACCCAAUAUCCGGACAACAUUCGAUUUUCCCGCACGUUACUCUUGAUGCUUCACGGAGCGGUGGCAGACAUCAAGUUCGCGUGGGAACACAUAUACCCUUUACUGAACGAUUACACUCCUUACACGGGAAUGGCGGCUCCUUCCCGUGCACGGACGAUGUCACGUUCCAAUAGUAACAGUAACGCCAAUGGAACUUUUUAUUCUCCCAGCUUACCCAACGGCUCUUCAUAUUCGAACGGGCAACUCCUGGCAUUGGCGGAGAAUUCCAUUAAGGCGGUGGAAAACGUGAUAAAACAUCUCGGUGAACAGUUGGAUAGUGAAGAUUUUUAUCGUUGUCCUUCGUCACCGGCAAAAAAUAAGAUGAAAGACCUAAGAGUACACGUGAAUGGCGCGUCGGAGGUGACAAGGCGAUUAAAGAAGCAAAUGCUUCUUUCAAAAUCAUCCCAAGUUCAGAAAGAAGAUCUGAGUAUGCAGCAUAAAAUUUACAAGGAUACCAUUUCAUUCAUUCAGAUAACGGUAAAGAUGUCAACGAUGGCCAAAGAACUCUCGCAUGACUGGCAGUUAAACAGCAAAGUUAUGACGGGAUUGGGCCAUGUAACAAAAUGCAUCAUAGAUCUGACAAAUUUUUUACGUAAAAUAGAAGGUCCAGUAGGGAACGCAACAAUUCCCGGGCAACCGCCUUCAAGUUCAGAUGUUGCAGAACAAAAUGACGAGUACAAUGAAGUAGACGAGGAAUACGUGGAUGGGGGAUACAGUGAGCAAGGCUUUGAUGAGAAUGAUCUCGGUGAUAGUAAUGGGAAGAGUGACAAUGCGGAAGAUAGCGAAGAGUACGAACCGGUGACAUAUGAUGAGCCCGAGGAAUAUGAGGUUAUUGGUGGAUCGAUACAAGGAGACGAGAUGAUUCAGAAAGGUGCGGUGGUUUUGACGUGA